AUGGCGGCGGCGAACAUGAAGAUGAAGAUGCAGCUGAGGAAGGGGAGCGAGGUUGAGGUCCAGCGGUGGGACGGCGACUCCUACUCCUGGCUCUCCGCCGACGUCGUCUCCGGCAAUGGCCGCACCUACCUCGUCCGCAUCCACGGGGCAACUACGUCCCAGGCCGCGGUACUCGAGCGAGUCGCUCGAAAGUUUAUUAGGCCGACGCCGGUCCCGGUUGGCCUCCGCGCCCUCUACUCCUGGAGCACCGGCGACGAGGUGGAGGCGUUCGUGGACCACGCCUGGUGCCCGGCGGUGGUUACCGCCGUCGGCUACGGGAAGGUCGUUGUCUACCUUCACGGGAAGAUGAAAAAAAUCAGAGUCCGCACGUGCGAGCUUCGGCUGAGGAGGCAGUGGGACGGCAAUCAGUGGACGCUUCUCGAUAAGAAACCGAGGGAGGCGAUUAUUUCCCGUGAAUUCCCGGCGGCGGCUGAUUCACAUAACGUUGCCGGCUAG